GAUUAGCUUUGUAAUAAUAUCUAGCUGGGUUUCCUGUAAUUUCUCGUUCGGAUUCUUGUUACCAUGAUUCGGCUAUAGUGUUUGUGCCUCUGAUUGAUUGUCCCAAGCAUCGUUCUUUACUUAUUUUUAGAGAUAGCUCUGAGAUCUGUCUCUGCGAUUCGUCGGAUUUUAUUAGGGUUUUUUUUUUUUGUUUUGGAUUUCUUCUUCUAGGGUAUCGAAGAGGAUAGAGAAAAUGCGGGUGUCCUCAGAGAUACUCCUUCUUUCUUUGGUUCCGGCGUUGACUUUUUAUCAUUCUGGUUUGAGUUCUAAUCGUUUGAAACCUCUUCAAAAGAGUGAUUGGCGUGGUAAUCUUAGUUAAACAAAGUUUCCCUCUUCCUACAAUUUCUCUGUUUUUCAAGUUUCUCUUCGGUUUCGUUUGUUCUCACGCAUUUUCUAUCUCGAAGAAGAACAAGCUUUUGAUCUCGUUCUUCGGACAUUUUAGUCAGUAACCAAUCUUUUGACAUUUCGGCUGCUCGAUUUGCCACGCUAGAGUUACUUUUGGAUAUGAGCUCUGUCUGUGGUGGGUUGGAUUUCAAAGAUGCAGAGUUUCACCUUGAGAGCAGCUCUGCUUCCAGUCCCAAUAUAUGUUCUAAUGGCUCAUCAAAGCAUAUCUCUUGUGUUGGAUCUGAUGAUGCUCAAGAGUCUGAUGGUGAUGAUAGUGGUUAUAUACAACAAUAUGUGAUUGAAGAUUCCAAAGACAAGGCGAUCUGCGAACCCAUCCUUGAGUCUUUACCUCUUGAAUCUUUGGAUGAUGAAACUGAAGACAAGAACCUUGCAUCCGCAUUGCAAGACAUGUUCUCUGAAAGUAUGAGUGUGGUUACUCUGAUUCCUGCCAUUAAAGGUGGUCGAGAGAAGCAUGGCAAGUCACUCGAGAAGCUGAGAGUGUCAUGGGCUGAAGAUGUGUAUGAUCCGCCACCUUCCAUUGUCUCUCACACAAGAAGCAAGAAACAGCAACCGCAGAAAUCAAAGAGCAAAGACAACCUGAAGAAGAAUGGAAAGAAAGGACAAAAGGGAAGCAGCCAUUCCCGUGGCAGCAAAGACAAGAAGCAGAUUUCUUCUCGCAGCAGCAGCAAAUACAGUCGUGAUAAGUUUGAUUGGGCAACACAAAUGUCUGUUCUAGCUGCGUCUUCUUGAAUCUGUGUAGCAUCACCAAGGCACUUGCGUCUUCCUUACUCUUUUCUCUCUCACUCUCUCUUGUUUAUAAAUAAAAAGAUUUGGUGUGAAAACUUUUCUUGAGUUUCAGAACGAUUGUUGUUAUUCGUACGGAAUUGAUUUUGAUUUUACACCCAACUAUUAUUGUGAAGCUUUUUCCUCUC